AUGCCACAAGCUAUGCCGAUCAUCGAGCAAAUCAUUGAGGAGUCUAAAAACUAUAGCCGAAUUUUCGUUUCCUCACUGCAUCCCGCUCUGAAUGAAAACGACGUCAGAAGUGUAUUCGAGAGCUUCGGAAAUAUUGUGAAUAUAAAUAUGCCUCGAAAACUAGACGAAGAUCACUGUCCGCAUAAAGGAUACGCCUUCAUAGAGUACGACUCACAUAAAGCAUGCAAUGACGCCAUAGCAGGGAUGAACAUGUUCGAUUUAGGAGGUCAAUUGCUUAGAGUCGGUAAGGCGAUUACUCCUCCGGACCCCCUACUGAGCUUCCUAGGUCCUGCAAUUUUGACACCCGAUGAGCAGUUGGCCCAGUCUAUUAAAACUGCUCGUCAGGCCGCAGCUAACUAUUGCGGUAUUUCAGAAGCAUUGCAAAGCCAACAAUUUACAGUCAUAGCUCAGGAAUGUCUCGACGAAGUAGGAGUUGAUCUUUCGGAUUUGAACGACCUGGUUCCUCCAGGAAUGUCCUUGAAGGUCAUCAAGCAGCAAGAAAGGAUGAAGGAAGAACAAGAUAUGGUUCCUGAGGUGGAUACUGAUGCUCUGCAGGACUUCGUGGUUCCUGACUUGACGAGUGGCAACACCAUUAACUACGUUUUCGAGAUAUGA